ACAAGAAUAACGUGAAACUACGCCUAUUGCAAAAAUAAAUUAAAUAUUGCAAAACGUAAGCGAAUAAAUAGACAGAGAAUUGGAAUUGUAAAACACAACAUAACCUUAACUGUCCGAGUAAUGACUUUUUACAGUAAAAAUCAAAUAAUAAAAAAAUAAUGGAUAAAAUUUUAAUAAACACCUUACGAACCGGUCGACGUUUGAGUUUCAGAUCUCUGGUAGCAUACCAAUAUCCAAAAAUCUUAAAAGAUUCGGAAUUGUAUAUGCAUACUUGUAGCAGUACUCGUUCUUUAAAACGAUGUCUACUUUCUGUUACAAAACAACUUGGUGUCAUCAAUAUGCAAAAACGUGACAUGUUUAUUCAAACACAAGACACUCCAAAUCCUAAUAGUUUAAAGUUUCUUCCUGGAGUAAAUGUGCUUCAACAAGGCCAAACUAAAGACUUUCCUAAUGCAACAGAAGCCUACUGUUCGCCACUCGCGAAAAUGUUAUUUCGAGUCGAGGGUGUCAAAUCUGUUUUCUUUGGACCUGAUUUUAUUACGAUUACAAAAAUAGACGAGGAUGUUGAAUGGAAAUUAUUAAAACCAGAAGUAUUUGCAGUCAUCAUGGACUUCUUUGCAUCUGGUUUGCCAGUGUUAAAUGAAGAUCAGCCUGCAGCAGAUACUCAAAUUACUGAUGACGACGAUGAAAUAGUGCAAAUGAUAAAAGAAUUGUUAGAUACUCGUAUACGGCCAACAGUUCAAGAAGAUGGUGGUGAUAUCGUUUUUGUGGGGUUCGAAGAGGGUAUAGUAAAACUGAAAAUGCAAGGUUCUUGUACUAGCUGUCCAAGUUCUGUGGUCACUUUAAGAAAUGGAGUUCAAAAUAUGAUGCAGUUCUAUAUUCCAGAAGUUCUUGGGGUGAUUCAAGUAGAAGAUGAAAUCGAUCAGAUCGCGAAGAAGGAAUUUAAAAAUUUCGAGGAGAAGAUUAAAAAAUCGGAACAGAGCGAAGAAAAAUAA